UGGAGCAUAAGGGUCUUACCCUUUUUUUCUUUUUCUUCUUAAUUUUUUUUUUUCUUUUAUGCAAAGAAAAUCAGCAGCCUUUGAGAAUUGAGAUCACUGAGGAGGAGUUUCAACGAAAUCUCGCGAAAGUUGAUUUCUUUUUCAUUUUUUGACCAAAUCUUUUUCUUUAAAGUCGUAAUUUUUCUGGAUGAUUUCUAAAAUUUUCCUAACAACUCACUAGAAAAGAGAAGAUGAGAAUUCAGAAUUCAUCACCAACACUUGCAUCUGAUGCGUUGUGUCAUAGCCGUGUGAUCUUGAAUCUAUUCCAUUCCAUUUGUUCCUCUAUCUGGAUGGCAAACACAACAAGGGUUUGUGGGUCAUGCCCACCAUCUGUUUUUCUUUGAUUCACUUCUGUAAGCUAGCUUGUCUUCAAUUUUCAUUGAUCUUUGCUUUGUUUAUUCAAUUCUGAGAAAAAAGGGUAGUUUAUAGCUGCCAAAAAUUUUAAAGGGAAAAAAAUCUCCAAUUUGUGGCUUGUAUGUGGGCAUAGUGAAACAAAUUUAAGUUUUUGAAUACAAAGAUGGUGUCAAGAUCCUACUCCAAUCUUUUAGAGCUUGCCUCUGGUGAAUCUCCAUCAUUUGGUCGGAUGAGCCCUCGGAUUCCGCGGAUUAUGACAGUAGCAGGGAUAAUUUCCAAUCUUGAUGAUGAUCCCACCGACAGUGUAUGCUCUGAUCAGUCAUCAUCCUCGGUGCAGAAGGACCGGAUUAUCAUCGUAGCUAAUCAGCUGCCCAUAAGGGCCCAACGGAAGUCAGAUGCUAGUAACAAUAAUGGUAACAGUAAGGGUUGGAUUUUCAACUGGGAUGAGAAUUCGUUGUUGCUUCAACUGAAAGAUGGGUUGGGAGAUGAUGAGAUUGAGGUGAUUUAUGUUGGUUGCUUGAAGGAAGAAAUCCACCCAAGUGAACAAGAGGAGGUGUCACAAAUUCUGUUAGAGACCUUUAAGUGUGUGCCGACUUUUUUGCCUCCUGAUCUUUUCAGCCGGUAUUAUCAUGGCUUCUGUAAGCAGCAAUUGUGGCCUUUGUUUCAUUACAUGUUGCCCUUAUCGCCGGAUCUUGGUGGGAGGUUUAACCGUUCAUUGUGGCAAGCCUAUGUAUCAGUGAACAAGAUUUUUGCUGACAGAAUUAUGGAAGUGAUUAGUCCAGAAGAUGAUUUUGUCUGGGUACAUGACUAUCACCUCAUGGUGUUGCCAACUUUCUUGAGGAAGAGGUUUAACAGGGUGAAACUUGGUUUUUUCUUGCAUAGUCCUUUCCCCUCAUCGGAGAUUUAUAGGACAUUACCUAUAAGGGAGGAGCUGUUGCGUGCCUUGUUGAAUUCAGAUCUAAUUGGAUUCCACACUUUUGAUUAUGCACGGCAUUUUCUAUCAUGCUGCAGUAGAAUGCUCGGUCUUACUUAUGAAUCUAAGAGGGGGUACAUAGGCCUUGAGUAUUAUGGAAGGACAGUUAGUAUCAAAAUUCUCCCAGUUGGAAUACAUAUGGGUCAGCUUCAGUCUGUUUUAAGCCUCCCAGAGACUGAAGCCAAGGUUAAGGAACUACUCAAGCAGUAUUGUGGUCAGAAUAGGACAAUGUUGCUUGGGGUGGAUGAUAUGGACAUAUUUAAAGGUAUAAGUCUGAAAUUACUGGCGAUGGAACAGUUGCUUCUACAACAUCCAGAGUGCCAGGGUAAGGUGGUGUUGGUUCAAAUAGCAAACCCUGCUAGGGGCAGAGGGAAAGAUGUUAAAGAAGUGCAGGAGGAGACAUAUUCAACUGUGAAGCGGAUCAAUGAAACUUUUGGAAAGCCUGGAUAUGACCCUAUUGUAUUGAUUGAUGAACCACUAAAGUUUUACGAGAGGAUUGCAUAUUAUGUUGUUGCAGAGUGUUGUUUAGUAACAGCUGUGAGGGAUGGUAUGAAUCUUAUCCCUUAUGAAUAUAUAAUCAGUCGGCAAGGAAAUGGAAAGUUGGAUAGAGUUUUGGCAUUGGAACCAUCCACCCCAAAGAAGAGCAUGUUAGUUGUGUCAGAAUUCAUUGGCUGCUCCCCCUCUCUGAGUGGAGCAAUUCGAGUAAACCCAUGGAAUAUUGAUGCUGUGGCAGAUGCAAUGGACUGCGCACUGAAUAUGGCAGAGCCAGAAAAACAGCUCAGGCAUGAGAAGCAUUAUAGAUAUGUCAGUACCCACGAUGUUGGUUACUGGGCUCGUAGUUUUCUUCAAGAUUUAGGGAGGACAUGUAAAGAACAUGCAAGACGGAGGAGCUGGGGUAUUGGGUUUGGUUUGAGUUUCAGAGUUGUGGCACUUGAUCCUAACUUUAGGAAGCUCACAAUGGAACAAAUAGUGUCAGCCUACAAGAGGACUACAACUAGGGCAAUACUUCUAGACUAUGAUGGCACUUUGAUGCCUCAGGGUUCUAUUGAUAAGAGCCCCUCUACUAAAUCCAUUGAUAUCCUUAAUAGCUUAUGCAGAGAUAAGAACAAUACGGUUUUCACUGUCAGUGCCAAGAGCCGGAAGACACUUUCUGAGUGGUUUUCUCCGUGUGAAAAGCUGGGUAUUGCUGCUGAGCAUGGGUGCUUCCUGAGGCUGAAGCGAGAUGCGGAAUGGGAAACAUGCAUACCUGUGGUAGACUGUUCUUGGAAGCAGAUUGCAGAACCUGUGAUGAGUCUUUACACUGAAACUACUGAUGGUUCCACUAUUGAAGAUAAGGAAACUGCACUUGUCUGGUCUUAUGAAGACGCAGAUCCAGAUUUUGGAUCAUGCCAAGCUAAAGAACUUCUUGAUCAUCUUGAAAGUGUGCUAGCCAAUGAACCAGUUACAGUGAAGAGUGGGCAGAAUCUUGUGGAGGUUAAGCCUCAGGGUGUAAGCAAGGGAAUUGUAGCGAAACGUCUUUAUUCCAUCAUGCAAGAAAGAGACAUGUUGCCAGAUUUUGUUCUGUGCAUUGGAGAUGAUCGAUCUGAUGAAGACGUGUUCGAGGUAAUCACCAGUUCAAUGGCAGGCCCAUCGGUUGCACCCAGAGCUGAAAUCUUUGCCUGUACAGUUGGUAAGAAACCGAGUAAAGCCAAGUACUAUCUGGAUGACACAGUAGAAAUUGUUAGAUUGUUGCAAGGUUUGGCUUUUGUUUCAGAGCAAAUGGUUUCUGUGUAGGACUUUGGCACCACCUCCACUCAAUUGCAAUGUAAAUUAAUUGUGUUACCUAAGAAAGCCAUGCAUGCAACUGGAUACUUUUUUCGUGUUUGAUCGAAUUCUAGAAAAGUUGUAAAUAUCUGUUUUGUUUCCCAUUUCAGUUUUCACUAGUCCCAAAUAAUGGGCAACUAGAUUGUAGCCUCUGCUGCUGUGACAUGGGAACUCGAUCUGAAAUAUUUCUGUUUUUAAUUAAAAUUUUGUCUGCCUUUUUGUUUACGCUAGUUUCCAGCAGUUGGUACGGCCUUGUGCUAUCUGAUGCAGUGAUUUUGCUUUCACACCGCUGCAGAAUGAGUGUUUU